UCAGUCGGCGCGAGGCGGCCGGCGUCUUGCUCGCGGAGGCGCGGCAGCGAGGGGCGCGCGGUAGCGCGGCGGUGGCUGUCCGAAUUCUCUUCAGUCCCUGCUCUCUGCUCUGGGUCUCCGGCCCCUAGACGCCUCUUCCUGCGCGCCUGUCUCUCUCUCUAUGGAUUCACUUCAGACCGGACAGAUGCUAAGCGUGACCGCCGAGCUCGGCGGCAACAACUUAGAACUGGCGGAGCCGGCGGCAGCCGAGACCCGCGCAGGCAUGGGCCCCCAGCCGGGGGCGGCUACGGAAGGCUCCGCACCUUUGGCCGCUCGGGAGCCGGAGCCGGAGGAGCCGCCUCCGAGUCCCUCGACCCCCGAGUACAAAGUCCUGCUCGAGCAGGCUGACGCCCUGGCGUCCGGGGGCCGCCUCCGGGAAGCCUUCGAGGUGUACCGACAGCUCUCCGAGCGGCAGCAGCUGGUGGCCGAGCAGCUGGAACAACUGGUGCACUGCCUGGCCCAGAACGUCCCGCAGGGCGAGGUGCUGCCGCCGGCGCCCCCGGACGGGAGCGGAGCGGCGAGCUGUGAGGCGGCGGCGGGAGAGGCAGGGGCGCCAGCGGCCGCUGCCGCCACCGAGGUGUGGGACGGCUUCAAGUGCAGGAAGUGCCAUGGGUUUCUGUCAGACCCCGUGUCCUUGUCGUGCGGCCACACCUUCUGUAAGCUGUGCCUGGAGCGCGGCCGGGCAGCCGACAGGCGCUGCGCCCUGUGCGGGGUCAAGCUCUCGGCGCUGAUGGUGGCCGCCGGGAGGGCUCGCGCGAUCCGGCGAGUUGAGCCGCCGCCGGCGGCCUCCGCCGCGCCUCCGCCUCCGCCGCCGCCGCCGCCGCCGCCGCCGCCGCCACCGCCGCCGCCACCGCCGCCGCCGCUACGGGUCAACGUGGUGCUCAGCGGCCUCCUGGGCAAGUUGUUCCCCGGCCCCGCACGGGCGUCGCAACUCCGGCACGAGGGCAACCGGCUGUACCGCGAGCACCAGGUGGAGGCGGCGUUGCUCAAGUACAACGAGGCGGUGCGCUUAGCUCCAAAUGACCACUUGCUUUAUAGCAACCGGUCUCAAAUUUAUUUCACCUUGGAGUCUCAUGAGGACGCGCUGCAUGAUGCAGAAAUAGCAUGUAAGCUCCGCCCACUGGGUUUCAAGGCACACUUCAGAAAAGCACAAGCCUUAGCCACCUUAGGCAAGGUGGAGGAAGCACUAAGGGAGUUUCUGUAUUGUGUGUCCCUGGAUGGAAAGAACAAAAGAGCAAGAUCUGAAGCCCAGAGGCUUCUCCUUAGUUUCUUUUCACCAUCAGUCCCGGGGGACUCUCAGGAACAUUUUCCCGAUAUCCUGAAGUUGUUGGCACCUCACCCUAGAUUAAAGGAACACGUAGAAUCAAUGGCUACUGAAGGCACCAGUCAUAAUCUACCAAAGUUGUCACAGGACAACCCGGAGCUCCCACGCUGUUCUAGUCAGGAGGAAGCAGCGGCGGGGGGAGACCGCAGCAGCCUGGCAAACCCAGUUAAAGUAGAGGGGGAGGGGAAGCAAGGCGACCAGAAAGGCCAGGCAGGAGACAAGGCGGAGAAGGGGGACGCGGCCUCUGCAGAAGCUGCCUCCACCAAGGCUGGCAAAUGCCACGAAAAGAAAAGGAAGCAUUGUCAAAUUGAAACACGAGAUCCAGAGGUGCCUGCGAAAGCCUUGAAGCCAGAUCCUCUGGCUGAGCAGGGGGCCGAGGCUGCUGUCAGUGCUCCACUGCCAUCUUUUGUGGAUGCGUCUGACCUUGAAUGCGCCCUGUGUAUGAGAUUAUUCUAUGAGCCAGUCACAACACCUUGUGGACAUACAUUUUGUUUAAAAUGCCUUGAAAGAUGCCUAGAUCACAAUGCAAAGUGUCCACUGUGCAAAGAUGGUCUUGCACAGUGCUUGGCAUCCAGAAAAUACAGCAAAAAUGUCAUAAUGGAAGAGCUAAUAGCUAAAUUCCUUCCAGAAGAACUCAAGGAACGAAGGAGGCUUUAUGAAGAAGAAAUGGAAGAACUUUCUAACUUAAAUAAGAACGUGCCUAUUUUCGUGUGUACUAUGGCCUAUCCCACCGUUCCUUGUCCCCUGCACAUCUUCGAGCCUUGUUACCGCUUGAUGAUUCGUAGAUGCAUUGAGACAGGCACAAGGCAGUUUGGCAUGUGCCUUGGAGAUCCCGUCAAAGGCAGGUUCGCGGAAUACGGCUGCAUCCUGGAGAUCAGAAAUGUGCAGUUCUUUGCUGAUGGCCGCUCAGUGGUGGACAGCAUAGGCAAGAGGCGCUUCCGGGUCCUCCAUCAGGGCCACCGAGAUGGCUACAAUACAGCUGACAUUGAAUACAUUGAAGACCAAAAGGUUCAAGGAGACGAUUAUGCUGAGCUCAUGGGAUUGCAUAAUUGUGUCUAUGAGCAAGCGUCAUCGUGGUUUCAUUCGCUCAAAUCAUCUCUGAAGAAUCGGAUAAUCAGUCACUUUGGUCCCAUGCCAGAGAAAGAUGCUGAUCCCCAGGUUAACCCAAAUGGCCCAGCCUGGUGCUGGUGGACGUUAGCGGUUCUCCCACUGGAAAGCCGAGCUCAGCUCCCAUUCCUAGCUAUGAGGUCCUUAAAGGAUAGACUGAACGGCAUUCGGCGAGUCCUGGCCUUUAUAUCCCGAAACCAAAACUAGUGAGAGUGGAUUGCUGAAGAGGAAGGCCCACCCUCCCCACCGCCCUUGGGGGAGUCAUCUUGUAAAUAUAUCUAAUUGCAAUAACAUCUUAAGAGAAGGAAGUAUCAAACAGGCAUUUCCUUGCUGUUGGUCACAGAGAGAAAAUGUGUAGAAAGACCAAAAGCAUGGGACCUGUUUGAAACUUUCUGUCUUAAGAUGCUUCUUGACAUGCUGCACAACGACAUGCUCAGCAGAGGUGUUUAAAAGCCCAGAAGAAAAAAAUUCCUUUGAUUUCGACAUAAACUUUUCCGAAAGUUUAAAGUGGUUUUGCUUUAAUUUUCUUUCUUGCAUAGUUAAGUGUGUGGUUGAAAUGUGACACACAGAUACUAAUAACGUCGUGUUAUUUCACUGACUUGAGUUCUCAUUCCACAUGGUUCAGGGUUUAUACAGCAUUGUGUAAAAUAAGGUUCAUCGUUCUAUCCGUUUUAAUAAUUUAUUUUUUGCACUACAGUAUCCUUUUUUCUACAUGUGUGUUUGUGACUAUUUAAGUGUAUGUUACUAAGAAGCCAGUUACUUUAUUUAUUAACGUGGUUUACCGUGUACCAAGGGGGAAAUAACAGUACUAGAAAUGUGCCAUUUUUGCUUUUAUCACAUGUAACUGUGAUUCUUAAACCAGUUCUCGAACGAUUUCCGGAUCUACCCCAUUGGAAGGUUAGAGGAAGUUCAGGGUCACAUAGAGAUUACUGAUCUUCGCAGGUUCCAUUUGGCUUUCAGUUUGGGUUCAACAAUAUAAGAUACACAAGGGAUUUGGCAUACAUUAUGGAAUAAGCCAGGGUGAGGUAAAAUAAUCCAUUCUCUCUGUGUUAUAUGGAGUAGGGCUGAAGGAAUGACUUUCUUUCAACCAAGAGAUGAAUCUGAGGGGUGUCUUUCAGAACAAUCUGUUGUAGGCAUUUAUCUCAACAAUCUAAUUACAGUGAACCUCAUGUCUCCCCAGUGCAGUUAGGAGUGGGAUUCUGAGGCAGGAUGAUUUUUAACCCUUCAGAGGGAAUGAUUUUCAGUCUGGCACAUCAUAGCCUCCAUACCCCACCUCUUCUCAGGGUUCUGGGGAUCACGACCUGGCUAGCACUGGUGCAAACACAUGAAGAAGAGCUCUUUGUUAUUAAAAUGCAAUGAAGCCAGUAGAAAAGGUAGAAACCCUUAAAAAAAAAAACCCAGAAAAACUAUCUUUUCAGUUUGUAAAACUCUUUAAAGGAAAUAGUGAAUCCAUGAUUUUAUCUAAGCACUGCCUUCCCUCCCAAACACUACAGGCCAAAGAUAGAGGUACAGCGGAAGGAUAAUGGGUAAGAAGGUAAGAGGGAGGUCUUGUUUAGCCCGCUUAGUGCUAGUGUGAUUCCUUUAGUGCCGGGAGAACCUGAAAAAUGCCCUGAGGAUGGCGUGUCACAAUGACAAUGGGGUGAAGAGAUUGGGACAGGCAAAAAGUGAGUCCCACCAUUCACACUGUCGUGGGCAUUAUCACCCGAUGUGAUGCCGGGGUCCCUCCACCCCUCUGAGGAGGGCUUAGUGCCUCAAGGAACCGUUCUGGCUUCUUUCAUCACCACCUUCGUCCAGAAACAGAGAAGGGAGAAUGAGAUGAUCCAAGGCAACAGAACAGAGAUUCACAUAAGCAGAAACUCAAGGAUCUUUUCUGCACUUGCCAAAUGGAUGCUAUAUUGUCAGAGUGUUAUGUUACCAGGCAUGAUGUUUGCGGCCAGACCAGGCUAGUGAAAAAUGGAAGUAUAGGCGUGGUUACUGCCCAGGCAAAUUCUGCAGGGCUCAGGGAGCAGGAAAUUAAAGUCUCCCCCUCCCACUUGGUGCCCAGCCACGAGGUCGUAGCACUAGGACUCUAGUGAAAUAUUUUCCCAUCAUCUAGUGCAAAUGCAGCAAAGAAAAUGUCAUAAGCAUCUCCCCUUGGUAGAUGUUUUUGUUUUAUGAUUUAACACUUUCUGGGGCCCAGGGUCCUAAUCUAGGAAUUGGCAGUGUUCAGUGCCACAUAUACAGUUGUUAUGAAUGUUAUAUAAGGUAGUAUUUAUGUAAAUCACUUAGAGUGUCUAGCGCCUAGGAGAGGUUCAAAAAAUAAUAGUUUUGAUUAGGUUAUUCAUAGUUAUAGAAUAUCAUCAGGGGCCCAUGUUUGCAUAAAACACUGUCUUUACACACAGGACCCAUAUCUACUCCUUGAAACGUAGUUGGGGGGAUCCGCACCACUGAUUCUUGGACUAUAACUUGAUGCUUUACAGUUAAUUCCUUUUGGAGACAAGUCUGUUUGGGAAAAUGAAAAGGCUAGGGAACAAAUGAGGGUUAGAGACAAGGGAGACUUCUGGGCAAGAUCAUUUUUCCUUAUUUCAAUAGGACUAAAAAGUAGUGCUCUUUGGAGGUCUAGAAUUUCUGAUAUAAUGGAAGUCUUAAGUUCUAGCUCCAUUUCAAUAACCAGCUCAUCAUUUGCUCUUCAAAGAGUAUUAAAAAUCUUGGCCAUGCCAGAGUGAAGAGUUUUACAAUCUGACUUUUGUGCUUAUUAAUUCAUGGGAUUUCUUUAUGCUACUGCCACAGAAGUUUAUUGUGAACCUAGUAAGUACCGGCCACCAAGCCACGUACUUGCAGGUUCAUUCCACGAACAUACACAAGUUUGUGGAAUCGUUUCUUUUCCACAUCAGCCCUGUGAGAUCAGUUAUCAUCCCCACAUUACAGAUGAGAAGGCUGGGGCCCUGCAAUGUCUAACAUUUUGCCCAGAUAACACAGCCAGUUAAUAGCCAAGCUUGAUUUUGAACCCCUUACUUCACAGAUUUUUAACACUUUGGACAGUUUCUGUUACACAUAAUUUUAUUAGAUAGUCAAGGUAAGUAUGACUGGCUCAUGAUUCAAAUGGCAGUUGGGGGUUAAGUAAAAUGCAGUUACCUCAUACAUCAUAAUCUAAGUAGAAAGGAAAGUUUUUUUUUUUUAAGUAAAAUUCUACAGUAUAGAAUAUUUUAUGUUGAUAAAUGAGAACCUAACUCCAACAAAUAGAUCUUGGCUGGGCAGAAUUGCACUGUACUCUCGAUAGCCUAAAAACACAUUUGAGUUGUCUUCUAGCAAGCUUUUGUGUCAGCAGUGGUUGGAGGCCAGAUGUAAGGCUGAUGAGCCUUGGCUUUCUUUGGGAUGUACUUGAAUGGGGUAGUCAGCUGAACAUGACCAUUUUCACCACUUAUAAACUGAUUUUGCUGCCAAGCUUGGGUAUGAAGAUUGUACAGAGAAAAGACAUAAGGCUAAAUCUAGGCCAGAAGUACAAGACAUCCCCCUUGGUAGACUGUGCCAUUUAUUUGGAUAAUUUUCUCGUUUUAACCUAGAUUAUACCUAGAUUAUUUUCUGUGUGUAUAUAUAUGUGUGUAUAUAUGUAUAUAUGUGUGCAUAUAUAUAUAUAUUAGGUACCAAGCAGAUACGAUGCCUUUCUGCUUUGUACUGUACUACUGCUGCUAGCUAAUACCCAGCAAAAUGUAGAAAAUGAAAAAUGUUAAACUAAUUUUCUGUAGACAACUUGGAGAAAAGGGCACCUGCCCCUGACUUAAUGGGGCCGAGAGACCUGACUAUUUUGAGAAUUUGCCUUUUCUGAAGGCUGACUGCAUCUAGCCCCAUGGCGUUUCUAGCUCUGCCUCUGGGGCUGGCCUGGGCUCAGAUAAUCCCCUGUGACUGGCCGUCAGAGCCGUGGAGCUCCUGAGGUUGGUUCACAGCACCCAGAGGUCUCUUACUGUCAAACAGAUUGCAUGCUGUGGAUAGACCAGAAUCCAUCAGGGACUGUGCUCCCCUGCCAACUCCAUUUCCAGGUUGGGAGCUUCAUUCAAGGACUCAGAACUUGAGUUCCCAACAUGUUGACUUUGCAUCCGUUUCUGUUUAUCGAGGCAAAAUCGUAGCAGAGGCAUAUAAGGAUGCAAAUGGAAGGCAGCCCAGAUAAUGGAAAAGGACAGAUUUUCAGCCCAUCUGGGGCUUGAGGAGUGAGGUUUUGAUUUAAGAUUGAAAGCAGUUCUGCAAAGCAGGCCGGCUGCAUGGGCUACAGUGUGUGCCCCUCCCUUCUUUCUGAGUGCAGAGGGAGACAAGGAAAAGGAGUCACGUACAAUGUACGCAUUCAGUUCCUCUUAGAACGAUAGCUCCCACUGUUCAACUGUUUUAUAAUCCUGGUGAUACACAUCCAGAGGUGAAAUGAAGUUGUUCUCACUUACAAGUGGUUAUUUUUCAAUGCGCUAAGUUAACCUUGAGAGAGAAGUGCCUGUAAUCUCCGUUCCUGGUGUCCUUCUAAAGCUUUUGCUUCACGACUCUGUAGCUGUUUAAAAAUUUGUCGCAGCAAAUGUGAUUAACAGAAGUUUACAAAGCAACACGGUAGCUUGUGCGUCAUGUUAAAAAUCGCCUGUUUCUCUAUUGUCAAAGCAACAACAAUAAACAGCAAAAUAAAAGGAGCGCAAAUAGGCCAAUGUGGCAUCAUAGGCUUAUCUUAGAUACACUAGCUCCAUCUUUUCAGGCCGCGCUCAGUCCUGCCAGGAUUAAAAUCUCAAGCAGGCCGUGCAAACAGUGGCAAAUGUGUGGGUGUGCUUGUUAGCCCGCUUGUUUGUUCAGCAGCCAUUUUACUUUCCCGCUGUAAUGAACUGGAAGGGAAAUUAAGAUAAUGCUUCCUCCCCGCCCCCUUGUUGUUAUUCAACUACCUCUAUAUGCUUGGUUUCUCCUUAUGGGUUUCUUUCUUCCAAAUCUAUACAAAAUGCUGUUUCAACUCUUCUAUGUUGUAAUAACAAUGUGAUUGAUGUAGACUUUUGCUGUGAAAGAUGUUCAUGCAUUAAAAAAUGUUUCCUAUCGUUUCACUUUAUAUCUAACAAAGCUCAACCCAUAACUUUUGGGCAGGAAUUGCCUAAAUAAGUCAUCAUUUUGUUGGAAGCCGAAUAGAAGGGAAAGCUAAUGGACCAUCUAUUCUGUUCUUGUUCCUGUUGCUUGAAAUACAUUUGAUCAGAAGAUAUUUCAAGGAAGUAGAUUUUCACUCAAACAGUAAGCUCUCACGCAUCUGACAGUGAGGCCGGCGUGAGCUAGUUAAUGUGACUGAUGUGUUCUGAAAACCUGGCCAUAAACUGUCUUUCAAAAAUGCAAAAAUUGUUUAAAAAAAAUCUUGUUAUUUAAAGACUUAUGUUGAGUGUUUUGCCAAUAACCCACCCCUAGUUUGUUUGCAGAUCCGUUCAUCUGUUGGGUUUGCUUCAAACAGAAUACACUACUUACCAUUUUCUUUGCCAAAAUAAAAUGUUUGUGAAAAGCAA